AUUGUUUUAAAAGACCGAGAAGAAAGAAGGUCAUGAUCAUUAUUUGGUUUUUGUUUUUUACUAUUUACCACGGCAUAAAUGGGGGGAUUUUGUAUCCCAGGCUCUCGAAAACCAGAGAUUUAUUGUCUCUAGACGGCAUUUGGAGGUUUUCUCUUGUGAUAAAUGGAAGUGUAGAUUAUUCUGGUGGACUAUCGAAUCUGCCUGAAGACAAAGAUCUACAUUUAAUGCCAGUUCCUUCGAGCUUCAAUGAUAUUCCUACUACGACAACAGCACGAGAUCAUUACGGGCCUGUAUACUAUGAGAGGAUAUUCGAGAUUCCUAGCAGCUGGAAAGGAAAAAGAAUUUGGCUGAGAUUUGGAUCUGUUUGUUAUUCAGCGCAAGUUUAUUUAAACGAUGAAGCAAUUCUUUCUCACGAAAUCGGACAUCUUCCAUUUCAAACAGAAGUGACCCAAUAUAUAGAGGACGACCAAGAAAAUAAUAUGCGUGUUAUUGUGGAUACGACCCUUACGAAUACCACCAUACCACAAGGAUCUGCCACUGUUUUACCAGGCAAUGGAAGAGUUAUCCAGUCUGUUCCCUUUGAUUUCUUCAAUUACGGUGGAAUCGAUAGACCAGUUAUUCUGUAUACAACACCUUUAAUUUACAUAGAUGACAUAACUAUAACUACUCGCGUUAAAGGUACAACUGGUAUUGUUCAAUACACAGUGGAUUUAGGAGGAACAAAAAAUAAAGUGGGGACAAGAGUUACAGUUUUAGAUAAAGACAAAAAAGCUAUUAUUUCCAGUGAUUCACUUAAUGGACAAAUAGAAAUAACUGAUGCGAAUUUAUGGUGGCCUUUUCUGAUGCACAAUGAUACCGGUUAUUUAUAUAGUUUAAAGGUUGAACUCUUCGAUGGAAAACAACUACUAGACACUUACACUCAGUCUUUUGGUAUCAGAGAAUUGGUAUGGAAUAGCACAUCGUUCACCAUAAAUGGCAAACCAGUAUACUUUAGAGGAUUUGGACGACAUGAAGAUUCAGAUAUCCGAGGUAAAGGUCUGGAUCUUCCGUUAAUAUUAAGAGAUCACAAUUUGAUUAGAUGGAUCGGUGCUAAUUCGUACAGAACAUCCCACUACCCUUACGCAGAAGAGAUUAUGGAUCUGGCUGACAGCCUUGGGAUAAUGAUAGUCGACGAGGUUCCUGCAGUUGCUCUAUCUAAUUUUAAUGAUGGGUUGUUGGGCAACCACCUUAAAGCACUGACAGAAAUUUAUAAUAGAGACAAAAAUCGCCCCAGUGUAGUCAUAUGGUCCAUAGCCAAUGAACCCAGUUCUCAAGAAGCUAGUUCCAAGGAUUAUUUCAGACAAGUCGCCAAUCACAUGAGAUCUCUUGAUACCACCAGACCUCUCACCAUUGCUCAUGCACAACAGCCUGAUGUUGAUCAUACUGGUGAAUUUUUGGACAUUCUUUGCUUUAAUAUAUAUACGGCUUGGUAUGAAUAUCCUGGAGAGGUAGAUGCGAUCAUCCCAGAAGUUCAAAGAAGAGCUAAAGCGUGGCACACAAAACACAAUAAGCCGGUUAUGGUGACAGAAUAUGGAGCUGACACAUUAGCAGGACUUCAUACGCUGCCAGAAUUUGUUUGGAGCGAAGAGUACCAAGUUAAGUUCAUGGCACAAUAUUUCGACGCUUACGACAAACUUAGAGCCGAGGGUUGGUUUAUUGGAGAAAUGAUUUGGAACUUUGCAGAUUUUAGUACUCCCCCAAAAUACUUCAGAGUAGAUGGUAAUAAAAAAGGUAUCUUUACGAGACAAAGGCAGCCAAAAAAUAGCGCCCAUCUCUUAAGACGGCGCUAUUGGUAUCUCGCUUACCUUCUAGAUGGAGCAACUGAAUAUUCUGCAAUUAAUAAAACUUUUAUUGGGCUAUAAUUUAUAAAAACGAGUACUUAUUAUCAUUAGAUAAUGCUAUUAUCUAAGAUUUACAAUAAUAUUACAAAUAAAAAUGUCUUAUUUUACUUACCCGUUAAUUUAAAAUGAGUUAUACAAAAAAAAUAAUAAAUAAAUCUAUUGAGAAUGAU